UGUGCUGUGUCCCUCGGACACAGUGGAUCACCGAUCACGGAAAGAGCCGAAGAUGUCGGCUCGGUCAUGUGAUCAGCUGUGUCCAAUCACAGCUGAUCACAUGGGACAUGUACACUGAUCAUCAGGGCACUGAUGAUCAGUGUGCCCUGAUGAUCAGUGUAGCCCCAGCAGUGCCACCUGUCAGUGUCCAUUAGUGCCUUAUGUCAGUGCCUCAUGUCAGUGCCCAUCAGUGCCACAUAUCAGUGCCUACCAGUGCACAUCAAUGCCACAUAUCAGUGCCCAUCUGAGCUGCCUUUCAGUGUCACCCAUCAGUGCCAGUCAGUGCCACCUAUCAAUGCCAAUCAGUGCCACCUAUCAGUGCUGCCAAUCAGUGCCGCCUAUCAGUGCCGCCUAUCAGUGCGAGUCAGUGCUGCCUAUCAGUGCGCAUCAGUGCUGCCUAUCAGUGCCAGUCAGUGCCGCCUAACAGUGCCAGUCAGUGCCGCCUUACAGUGCCAGUCAGUGCCGCCUAACAGUGCUGCCUAUCAGUGCCAUAUAUCAGUGCCAUGUAUCAGUGCUGCCUUUCAGUGCCCAUCAGUGAUGCCUGUCAAUGCCCAUCAGUGCCACCUACCAGUGCCUCCUCAUCACUGCCCAUCAGUGCCACCGAUG